CGAGCCUCGUGACGACGAGCUUCGUGACGAACCUCUGGAAGAGAAUCUUCCUGCGUUCACAUGAUCUGAAAACAAAGCGGUCUAGGUACAUAAUGCGUUAUCACUUACGCGUCGUCAGUAGCGACAGAAGGAAGAGAAGCAACAAAAUUCGGAUUUUCAUCGCUUUGUAACAGUAUUUCACGAUAGUUUAUAGAAGACUGACGACUUUCGCUUUUUACAGGACUACGCCCAUUGGUGUUACUACGCAUGAGCAGAAUUUGAUAAUCACUGGAGCAGAACGUGAGCAGAGAGAGCAGACGACAACAUCGACCAAAAACAUCAAAGUAUGUGACAUAUGCGUUUGACGUUUGUUAGUGGACCAAAAAGUAAACUGCAAAGUGGGCAUUUAAUCGAAAAUUUGUUUCUGCAAUAAAUAUGAUAGAGAAUCUCGCGGCGAAGUUAUGUUUACUUUUAUCGGAAAGUGCUAAUGCAGAUUUUUCAGCGGAACAAUGGAAGUUAUUUGGACAAGAAAAAGAUGGAUCCAUACUUAUUGGUUGGGUGGAGGAAUCCAAAAAUAACAAUGCAUUUGUGUCUCGUACAGUAGUAGGUCGCUAUGAUCAGAUUAACAACAAAUUACAGAUAUUGCAUCGCUUUUCGGAAGUGCUGAACAUUGUUCAGGCUACAGUGAAUCAGAGCCAUACUUUGCUCGGAUAUGUGACAAAGCAAAAGCAUUCUGUUGAUGCGGCAGAUUGUUCUGAAAAUCAAUCUCCAAAUGAUGACAAUGCUGCGAGUGAAUGUUACAAGGAGCUUUACAGAGUGUUCAUUGUUGAGUUAACAACUGAUGAGGCCAAAGUCCACAAUUUAGAAAUAGAAAGAUCUAAGCAAGUUCGUAUACAAUUUUUAUACAGGGAAAAGGAACAACUCAGUGCAGACAAGUUUCUGGUGCUGAUACAUCACGAAUGCGUGCUGACAUACACUGUUCAGUUUGAUACAUCAACAAACAAGUCGAGAUCGAUAAAGGAACUGAAAUCCGAAGUACUUGUAAAAACAUUUAUAUGGGCUCAAUGGGACAUGAUCAAUCAAGUUCUCUAUCAUAUACAUCAUCGACGGAUUCCUGCAAGUGUGGUCACCGAACAUGACGAUGAAAACAAUUCCAGAUCGAUAAAACCGACACUCAGCGGACUACAGUUUCACGAUGAUUUACCUCAUGAAACAGUGCUGAAUAUCCCAUUAAACUUACCGUUACUGUCGCCAUCCUCUAGUUGUGGGACUUACGAAGACGAUGUAAUACCCCUGCGAGUCCACGACUGUUCCUUAGAUCUCAUAGUGGUGUCGGACUCCAAGGGAAUGGUUUGCGUUUGUCAUUACUAUCUCUAUCGACCGGUACAACCGCCGCAGCAUGUGCUCAACUCCCUGAACGAGUCCAAUACGGUGCACUUCGCGUAUUCGGUGACACUGUUGCACCACAGUUGUGUGAUUCAUUGCGUUAUACCGGGUAUAUUGUGGUCGCGCGCCAAACUGAUGAGACCGACCUUCGCGAUCUACGAAGGCCAUCAUAUGAUCGUGUUUGUUCCGGGACUGUUCGCACAUCUUCUCGAAAUUGGUGUAAACCACGAGCCCUGCUGCCACAUACUGUGUGGUCCGCCGCCGUCGGUUCCGUCUCGCGAUUCUUACCUGGUGCCGCUAUUCGAUUUGGACAACUCUAACAAGGGAACGAGAAAGAAUUCCCAUCCAGAUAGCAAGACCAGUUGUUCGGAUGGAAAUAGUUUGUUCGCAAAUUCCAGUAUACUGACGAUAGAUUUGCCUACUUUGGAUCUCGUGCGACUGACGAUUUCUCCGGACUUCCUCGUGGAAGUCUUUCGCAAGGAGACCUCGGUCGAGAUUCGUUUGGGGAUACUUCACUAUUUUCUCUGUCACAAAAACGACAUGGAAAUUAUUGCGGAGUUAAUGUCCGUCGUCGCGGAGAAGCCGCGCUCGUUGGACAUACCGCGUUUUAUGCAAGAGAUUCUCAUAGGCAGCUCGUACGCAUUGGUGCAAAAGAACCUUCUCGCGGAUACCGUUCCUCUGCUCUCCCUGUUGCCCGUGACCACCAUAGGGGAUUACAUGACGUUCGACAUAAAGAUGAACGAGUUGGAUAUCACGCUGAGUCACGAGAAACUGUGGAACACAUCGGUAAUGUUGCUCUCGCCGCAGCAGAGACUCGUUCCGUAUCGUAGCGAUCUGUGGACCAGAUUGUGGGAUCAGCUGAGCAAAAACGGCGGUGAUAAGUUGAGAUUCAAGCCAAGCCACAUUGCGGAGAAGCUGCUCGUUUCGUUAGCUUGUUAUCAACCCGAAGCGUUGUCGAGAUGCAGCACUCCGAUGUCUCCGAGCGGAGGAUUUGUUGCAGUACCGUUCGGUGACUUCAUGGGUAAUCGAAAUAUCAAAAUGGACUCGGGCUUGCCGUUUAACGAGACGGAAAGCUGCACCGCCUCGAAGCAGGAACACAUUGUGUCGGUCAAUUUGCGCGAGCUAUCUAUGUAUCUUUUGAAGAACGGCACGCACACAACGUCGACUAUGCACACACGAGGAUCUUGCACCCCGUUACACGUUCACGCCAUGGCCACGAGAUACGUCGCCGCGCAAUUGGAAGCUUCGCGUAUGUUGUGUCAGAUACUUUGCAGAGCGGCUGGUGUCGAUCCGAGAAUUGAGCAAGAUCGUGGCUUCGGUUUGAUAGAUCAGUUGGAUGAGACAAGACGAUGGCUGUUGUUCAUGCUUCUGCAGCGAUACCGAUAUUCCAUAGAGAGCAUCGCUUUUCCGGCGCCGCAAGGAUUUGCGUCGUUCUUUACGUAUCUCGGCUAUCGCACUGUUCAGUACCCGAUGUUUCUCCAAUACGUCGAACGUUCAGUAUUUGAGCUUCAAGUCGAUGUUACCAAGAAAAUUCUAACUGAUAUAAGUGAUACGAAGGAAACUGUCAUUCAGAAGUUGAAGUUACUGUCCUUCUUGCCAAGAUCUCGCGCGAAGAGACUUUUGAAUCAGUGGCUGCAUCCGGUUAGUUUCAUGCUGCGAGCCAGAGAACACGCCGCCAAUAUUCUGUGCGGUGAAAUAUCUCAGAAUCGAAUCGGCAGUCGGACUCUGCAACAUCGUAAUCAUCACAAUAGUUUGGCAGCGUUUCCCUCUGCAGACCGUCUAUCGCCAUUGGAUACGUUUUUGGAUUUACUUACUGCGAAAGCUAGUCUUACGGAACUGGAUUUUGGACUGUUGAUAGAAGCAACAGUAACAUCUACGGAAGACUUUCUCUAAGAAAUUAUUAGAAAUUUGAUGUCAUACCUGAAGUGACCAUAUUCACAUGAUAUACUAUAUUUCUUAAACCAUUGUGAUUUAAAGCUUCCAUAUUUAUUUAUAUAACUUAAUUCCAUAGAUAAGAAAAGAUAAUUGUGAAGGGCACGUGAAAUUACAAAAGUUAUCAUAGUUUAUAUAUUUAAGAAUCUCCAAAGAGUAGCAAGUGCCAUUGAAAGCUGUUUAGUUACCAGAUGUAAUUAACAAAUUUAAUGUGUUUUAUGUACACAAUUUGUAUAAUUGUUUAAUAUGAUUUUACAUCAUAUUUAAACCAUGGAGUGCAAUAUUAAUAUAAGUAGACAAAUAUAUAAUUUAACAAACCUAUAAGGAAACAACC